GCAGCUGGAUAAGCAGCCUGUACAGCUGAGCAACUCCACCCUGGUACUGUUUUGAGCAGCUGACGUGCGGUUGUAAGUGUGUCCCCUCAAGCCUGUCUGCAGAAGGUCCGACAGAACCCCUGUAAAAUACCUAGCUUUAGCUUCAAGCUAAUCUGUGCUGGACUUUGAGUGUUGACUGAUCUGAAUCUGUGGGCGUUUCAUUGACAGAAUGUGGGGCAUUUGCAGCAGAACUAUGGUGAAGGUGGGGAUGGUGAAGCCCUGUGGCUUAAUAAAACCUUGUCACUUGGUGAAGCCUGUAUCAGCAACUCGGGUCCCUGGCAGAUACCUGACCCACCAAAAGGGACUGCCCACUCUGCCCGUCCCCCCUCUGCAGCAGACCUGCGAGCGUUACAUCAGUGCCUUGGAGCCCAUCCUGGAGAUGGACGAACUGACGCACACUAAAGAGCUGGUGGACGAGUUUAAGAAAGCAGGAGGGGUCGGAGAGAAACUUCAGAAAAGUCUGGAAAAGAGAGCACAGAAAACAGAGAACUGGUUGUCAGAGUGGUGGGUGCAGGUUGCUUAUCUUGAUUAUCGGUUGCCUGUGGUGGUUCAUUCAAGUCCUGGACUAGUCUUGCCCCACAUGAACUUCAGUGACAAGCAGGGACAAAUAAGGUUUGCUGCCAAACUGAUAGCAGGUGUUUUGGACUUCAAGACAAUGAUUGACAAUGAGACACUACCAGUUGAGCAUCUGGGAGGGAAGGCCCUGUGUAUGAAUCAGUACUAUGAAGUGCUGUCGUCCUGCCGUAUCCCUGGUCUGAAGAGAGAUUCAGUGGUGAACCAUGCCAAGAGCUCUAGGCCCCCUAAACACAUUACUGUGGUACACAACUUUCAGUUCUUUGUGUUGGACGUGUACAACAGCGAUGGGACUCCACUGACAGCUGACCAACUAUGUGUUCAACUGGAGAGGAUCUGUAGCUCCUCACUACAGGACAAUGCGGAGCCUGUGGGCAUCCUCACCACCCAACAUCGAGACUCCUGGGGCAAAGCCUACAUCAACCUCACCAAGGAUAAGACCAACAAAGAGUCAGUGUCAGCUAUCCAAAGGAGCAUCUUCACUUUGUGUUUGGACGGAGCAAUGCCUCAGGUGUCAGGUGAUGAGGCAUACCGCAGCUGUGCUGCUGUACAGAUGCUGCACGGAGGAGGCAGCCAGUGGAACAGUGGCAACCGCUGGUUCGACAAGACGCUGCAGUUUAUCAUUGGACAAGAUGGGACAUGUGGUGCGAACUACGAGCAUGCACCAGCCGAGGGCCCACCUAUAGUGGCCUUGAUCGACCAUGUUGUAGAAUACACGAGGAAGCCAGAGAUGGUGCGGACUCCCAUGGUACCUUUGCCUAUGCCCAAGAAACUCCACUUCAACAUCACUCCUGAGAUCAAGAAGGACAUUGAGGAGGCCAAGCAGGCCAUGAACAUACUGGCCCAAGACCUGGACAUGAGGGUCACUGUAUUCAGCCACUUUGGGAAAAACGUCCCAAAGGCCCACAAGAUGAGUCCUGAUGCUUUCAUACAGGUAGCGCUACAACUGGCGUACUACAGGAUGUACCAGCGCUGCUGUGCCACAUAUGAAAGUGCCUCCCUGCGGAUGUUCAGACUGGGCCGCACAGAUACAAUCCGAUCAGCUUCAAGUGCCUCGGCUGCCUUUGUCAAGGCCUUUGAUGAUACCAGUAAACAGAACACAGAGAAGGUUGAUCUAAUGGAGAAAGCUGUAAAAGCACACAGGUCAUAUACUAACAUGGCAGUCAGUGGCCAGGCCAUAGACAGACACCUGCUGGGCCUUAAAAUGCAGGCUGUUGAAGAAAAAGUCUCCAUUCCUGCUAUCUACACAGACACUGCCUUCGCCAAAGCCUUACACUACAAGCUAUCCACAAGUCAGGUACCGUCCAAGACUGACUGCGUCAUGUGUUUCGGCCCGGUUGUACCCGAUGGAUACGGCGUGUGCUACAAUCCUAUGGAGGAUCACGUUAACUUUGCGAUGUCAUCUUUCAACGCCUGUAAAGAAACAAAUUCAGCACAUCUUGCCCAGGCAAUGCAGGACGCGCUGUUGGACAUGAGGACGCUGCUGGAACAAACCCCGAGAGCCAAACUGUGACGCGUCUCCAGACUUUACUAACCUCUGUGUAGAUGAAGUGAAUGUGACAGGGCUAGUCUAAAUUACAGUGCUAAUGCGUCAAAUCUGAUAGGAAGACUACUCUUAGUGUGACUGAGUGACAUUUUGAAUGACUGAACCCCACACUUGGUGCAAGGCUGCCAAGCUCAGGUUGAUAGCCUGAACCAGUAUUUCCACCAUGAUAUUAAUCAUCCUUACACACUUUAAAUAAUGCGGUGAUUCAGGCUGCAAUCUCAAAGCCCAUUGGCUCUCAGUCCAGUGACGAUUUAGCCUCUGGUGCAACAGCCAAUAUAUUCAGGGGUUCCGGUGUAGCCAGCAGAUAUCAAAAUAACAGAUAUCUAGGCCAACACUUCCUCUUUUGUGCAGCGCUCAUUGUUUACAGUCCUAUUGGCUACUUCCUGUUUAUAGAAAUUAUACCCUCUGUGUAAUGCUGUUCUUCUGGUGGUACAGUGAACACACACAUUAGAUUAUUUUUUUAAUGACGUUUCUGUUUCAACACUGAAAUAUCAAUAACAGAAAUGAUCAUGUUAAUUGUUACAGAUUGAAUAUUUUAUCAUUGUGUUCUUAUCAACAGAUCACCCAUAGCCCACAAUCUGGUUUAUGCCUCUGUGCCUUAGACCUCCACUGUUGUUUGAAAACUAUAAACACCACCAAGCUGUACAGCUGCAUCAGGAAACACUUUGCUUCUUUGCAGUAAUAAUGGCCAGCAUGGUUCAUUCAAACAUAAUUAUGAUGGCAAUUUUUUGGUUGCUCCAUUGCUGCAUUGUACAGAGCCUGCCAGAGCUCUCAUGGUAGAAUUAUACAGGUGUGGAAAUCUGAGCACACACAAUAAGUCUCUAGUCUCCACAGACUAACAAUAUAUGCACAGGAACUGAUGAACUGAGCUCACAGUUUUUUGGACUUCCACCUUGUGCAUUUGACAUUCAGGACAAAUACAGAAAAUUCAAAUUCUUACAAAGAAAGAAGCAAGUCAAAACAUGUUAGCCACUGUACACUUACUCUUUGUUGUACUUUGUUAUCACAUGUAAAUUAAUCAUUAGCAAUCAAGAUUUAUGCAGUACAUUUCAUCAAUCUGUGCACAUAGAUUACCUCCAUGAACACAGUGUAUUAAUCCAUGCCUUUUAUUUCAUUUUAUUUAUCUGUGUGCUCUGAUUUCUACAUCAAUAUAUAAUAUCUCUACCAUAUGACACCCAGCAGGUGAUAGUAUUGUGGCUACUCUGUAUUGUUGUCUUCUCCAGUGUCUAUUUAUUUCAUACGACAGUUACAAACGUCAGAAUUACAUUUUAAAAACAAAAUCUUUAUUGAUUUUAUCAGUUUAAAGUUGCCCCGUUUGAAAUAAUUUAAUAUUACCCUGUUUUGUGUCAUGCCAUGAAGCCACAUGUUGUUUUCUGAAUGUAAAAUUUGUUUUCCAAACAUUGCAAACUGCAAAAUGACUAUAUCUUCCAGGAGAGAUGCCUCCACUUGAUCAACUUUUUUUGGCCAGUAAAAGUUUCAUUCAUGUUUGUUGUGCAGUAGUCAUCAUAAAUUAAGUUUUAAUACAGAGGUGUAAUUAUUCUGAAUGUAGAAAUUAAAACAAAUAUUUUGAGAGGAUAAUCAAGCAGGAAUUUUUUGUAAUAACACAAACCAUGAUGAGAUGGUUUUUGUUUUAAUUGUUCAAUACUAUCCCAAAUUAAAUGCACGUUUUGGUUUUUUUU